UUUGCCGCUGCGGUGUCCUCCGGCAACUCUUAUUUCGGCGGAUCAAGGUGGAAUUCUUGUUAAACGAGUAUGUGUGACUUGACCAGUGCGGAUUUUCUUUGCUUUUUUUUCUUCUUCCAGUGGGAGUGUGAAGAAGCUUUUUUGGAGGACGGAAAAGUUCGUUUGGAAGCAUGAGCACAUACGGCAGCGUCCUCGGCUAACUUUGAAAAGCAAGAACGAGAAUGAAGUGACUUACUUACAUUGGGGCCAUAAUCGAGUCCUCACAGGAAAGAUGCGGGCGACCUCCAUCACAUCGCUGCUCCUGAUACUUUGUGUUAUACGCCUGCACCACAGCCACUGCCAUAUUUGGGAAGAGCAGCGAUACGAAGACACCGUCGACACCGACAAAGUCGAAAAUGACACGCCGGCGGCCAAAGGAAGCAGGAAGCAGCCGCACAUCAUUUUCAUUCUCAUCGAUGAUCAGGGCUUCAACGACAUCGGCUAUCACAACCCCAGCAUCAAGACGCCCACAUUGGACAAGUUGGCGGCGGAAGGUGUCAAGCUGGAGAACUACUACGUCCAGCCCAUCUGCACACCCUCGCGCAGCCAACUCCUCACUGGCAGGUACCAGAUCCACACGGGUCUCCAGCACUCCAUCAUCAGGCCGAGCCAGCCCAGCUGCCUCCCCCCUAACAUGGACACGCUCCCCCAGAGGCUGCGCCAGGCCGGCUACGCUACGCACAUGGUGGGCAAGUGGCAUCUCGGAUUCUACACGAAAGCGUGCCUGCCCACCAGGAAAGGCUUCGACUCCUUCUUUGGAUCCUUGACAGGAAGUGUGGACUACUACAGUUAUGGGUCGUGCGACGGCCCCGGCGUGUGCGGGUACGACCUCCACGACAACGAGAGCAUUGCCUGGGGUCACCAGGGCAAGUACUCCACCACGCUCUUCACGCAGCGAGCUCGUAAGAUACUCCAGAGUCACAAUCCCGCCCGGCAACCGAUAUUCCUGCUCCUCUCCCUGCAGGCGGUGCACACACCGCUGCAGCCGCCCAAGUCGUACAUCUACCCGUACCGCGGCAUGGCCGACGUGGCGCGGAGGAAGUUUGCCGCUAUGGUGUCGACAGUCGACGAGGCGGUGCGCAACGUCACCUAUGCGCUGCGCAAGUCGGGCCUGUACCGCAACAGCGUCAUUGUCUACUCCACUGACAACGGGGCCCAGCCCUUCACUGGCGGGAGCAACUGGCCGCUCCGGGGACGAAAGGGGACGUACUGGGAGGGAGGCAUCCGCGGCGUGGGGUUUGUGCACAGCCCAUUGCUGCGGCGACGGAGGAGGGUGUCCAACGCUCUCCUUCACAUCACUGACUGGUUCCCCACCCUGCUGGCCCUUGCCGGAGGAAACGUCAGCGAGAGCCAAGGCCUGGACGGCUUUGACGCCUGGGCCGCCAUCAGCGAAGGCAAAGAGUCUCCUCGCCAAGAGAUCCUACACAACAUCGACCCGCUGCACAAAGCCCCCGCGCCGCACGGAGACGCAGAAGAAACGCUCUUGAAAGGGUUCCAUAAGCCCAACAAGAGGAAGAAGCAAAAUAAAAAGAAGAAACCUCUCAAGCAGCGCACCAAACAAAAGUCUGCAUUCAGAUCAUCAAAGUCUAAAGGCACAAAGAAGUUAUACUCUGAGGUCAAAGGUCGCCCAGACUACGCCAUCAUUCGCGCGACCCGCAUGAAGGAAAACGCAUCAAAGCCCAAGUCUAGAAGGAUGGCCUGUCCGGAACACAACCUAUCAUGGACCGAAAGCAAGGUCCAGUCUCGCCUCAAGGCUAAACGCUCUUCUCAGCCUACAGCACACGCUUCACCCGAGUACGCGAUCCCGCCCGACGGCACUAACGAGUCACCCGCGUGGGACACGUCGGUCCAGGCGGCCAUCAGGGUCGGAGACUGGAAACUGCUCACUGGAGACCCCGGACACGGAGAAUGGGUCCCGCCGCAGGUCCUGCCAACGCUGGCAGGUCGCUGGUGGAACCUGGAACGAGCAUCUCCGUCGCACCGGACCCAAAACAGCAGCGAGGGAGUUAAAAACGUUUGGCUGUUCAACAUCAGCGCCGAUCCGUACGAGCGCCGUGACCUUUCCCGCCAGCGCCCUGAGGUGGUGCGCUACCUGCUGACCCGCCUCGUACACUACAACCGCACCGCCGUGCCCGUCCACUUUCCGCCCGACGACCCGCGCGCCCACCCCAACCGGCACGAUAAUGCCUGGGUACCUUGGAUUGACCGGGAGCAAGACCAGGGUAAGAUGAACCACCAGAAGGUCCAGCAGAAGAUCAGAAAGAAGAAACAGAACAAAUGCCGACUGUGUAAGCUCAAGGCCUUCUUUCUGAAACUCAACACUGGAAUCAUGUCCAGUCGCAUAUGAUUCGCAUCGCAACAAGAAAGCCCCAUUAAUUUAAAUAUCAAGAAAAUACCAGGAUGAAUUUGGUCUAAUCAUAAUUCUAGUUCAAGUUAUUUUUAUGUCCAGUAACUAGGAGAAAAUUUGACCUUACAAUGGAGAUGUCGAUUCAACUGUGGAUCGUCAUCGAGCCAAUCCGCAAUGAGGAAACCCUACAAGCAUGAAACGCAAAAGUGACGCCGCCAAUGACGCUAGCUAACAAUGAUGUCAUUGUGUUAUCAAUGACCGGUAUCUGUUGCUUCGAUUACUCACAAAUCUCUUCAACUAAAAUACAGGCUUGCCUCACUUUUUGCAGUGAAUACAUCCCAACAACUUUUUUUGAAUAUUUUGUUGAAUGUGGAGUGAUUGUAACUUAACAGUCAAGAGUCUGUACAACUUUUGGUAUGAAUCUUAAAUGUUCAAAAGCCCACUGGUACUUUUUAUAUUUUAAACCAUGUGCGAUGGAGGGUUUCCUGUUUUAAUUGAUUUUUUUCUAGUAUUCUGCAAGCUCCAAAUGUUUGUUUUCAUUGACAUUCACAAACAUUGCAUUGUUUAAAUAAGCAUCUUCACCCCCCAUGUCACCAUUUUCCUACAUUUGAUUCGAACCAAGUUACCUCAAUUCAAAGAUGUGCAAUAAACCUGAACGCACUCAAUUUGGCCAGUUGGUGAUGCCAGACAUCAAGAAAUUUGAGCUUUGCUUUCUCUAGCCAGCAGCAUGUUUGAGGUAUUAACGUUUGUUGUGCUGAAGUUGAGCCAUUCUGCAGUUGAGUGCCUUGGGUCGAAAACUAUAACAACCUUUCUGGUUCAAGUUUUCUAUUAAAAAAACUUCCAAGAAAAAAAUCCAAAAACUUA